UUGACUCUUGCUUUUGUCCUCCAGGCAGACUUGGACUUGCCCGACCUGCUCGAUACUCCGAUGGAGUCCGCCAACACUCGCCGGGAGGCGUUGUCCCCGGUAACCAUUUCCCGCCAGUACUCCCGGGACGCGGCCACCUCCACCGUUAGCAUCCAGGGCUCAGGGAACCACUACCACGCCUGUGCCUCCGACGACUACGAGGACGUGGGCUUUGACCCGUCCAUCCUCCCCCCGCCGGACCCCUGGAUAGACAGUGUGAAUGACGACGCCCUCGACAACAACUACAACAGUUCCAGUAUCCUCGAGGUGGUGCAGCGGUCGGUGUGCCAGAGGGACGGGCGCUGGUUCCUGAAGCUGCUGCAGGCGGAGACCGACCGCAUGGAGGGCUGGUGCCGGCAGAUGGAGCUGGACCAGCAGGAGAACGACCUGCCGGAGGACAUCCUCAGUAAAAUGAGGACCGCUAUAGGAAGUGCACAGCUCCUGAUGUCCCAGAAGUUCCAGCAGUUCAGAGAGCUGUGUGAGGACAACAUGUACCAGCCCCCCCCCCUGGACUCUUCUAACCCUCUGCCUUUUCCCCUGGACCAGAACCCGAACACCCUCCCCUGCCACGUGGCCUCGGACCUGGCUGGCUGCUGGGACAUGCUUCAGCUCUCGAUUGAAAACAUCAGCCUCAAAUUCGACGAGCUUCACCAGCUCAGGGCCAACAACUGGAGACCCCUGGACCCCCCGGAGAGAAAGGAGAGGAGGCUCCCCCCUCCCGUGCCCAAAAAGCCACACAAGGGCCCCCACCAGCACCCCCCCCUGGCCAGGGACCGCUCCCUGGAGAGCUCUGAGAAGCAGCGGCAGGAGGCCCGCAAGAGGCUAAUGGCCGCCAAGAGGGCGGCGUCCGUGCGGCAGAACUCCGCCACCGAGAGCGCCGACAGCAUCGAGAUCUACAUCCCCGAGGCCCAGACCCGGUUAUGA